AUGACGGUCACGCGGCCAUGUUACCUCACCGAGCUCCCGGCCGAAAUCUUAGAAGAGAUUCUAUCCUACCUACAUCCAUGUUUAAUCGCCCAGUGCCGAAUCCUGAAUCGUGCUCUCAAGCUCAUUGUGGAAAGUUCUAUUGAGCUACAGCUACGUAUAGAGCUCGGCAUAGACGGAUAUAUCAUGGAGUGGCCACUGCCCGCCGUCAUCUCUGCCCACGAGAUGCUCAAAGUCGUACAGAAAAGGCGCCUUGCUUUCGAAACGGGCACACCAUUCACUACUUGGACCUUGGACGCGCCCCAGCAAAGUCAAUACGAGAUAAGCAAUGGUGUGCUCGGAUAUGGAAUACUACCGAGCUCAAGUGGAUACAAUGGAAUCAGAUACGAAAACCUCUAUCCUACAUCCAAAAGUAAAAGAGAGGAUGCAAAUCACAAUAAAGAGCCUGGGAAAGAAAUCAUCUUGGGCGAUGGACUGACCCCACGUGUGGCCGACUUUUCAUUUAGCUUUGACGACAACCUCCAAGUCCUUGUCAGUGUUUUGAGCCCCGACGAGACGCGAACUAUAUACUUUCGAACUAUCGACACCAAUGAGCCACAUCCACAGGCCGCAUCGACCCAGAUUGUUUUGAAACCCCGAGAUGGAAUCUUGCGAACGCGAUGUUUGACACUUCUCAGUCAUUCCCAUAUCUCGUUUGCGUUGUAUGCUUCGAACGCGCCCGUUUUGCACGUCAUCUAUAACUGGCGUACAGGCGAUUACGCCCUGCCGUAUCAAAACGUCGAUGAUAUCGCAUUCCUUAACGAGCACUUCGCACUUCUUCUCCUCAAUUCAACGGAUUACAUUGGCUUAUCAGUGUACAACCUCGAUAGGAAGCAGGUAAUCCGUCGACUUAAGCUGCCUUUCCGCUCUGUUCUGCGCUCGGCGUAUUUCAUCACUGGUCCGCCAAAACGCGCGCGGUCACCAUCCAAUGGAAAGGAAAAUCCAUUUGAAUCAAUGACCUUUGAUCCCAAAGUUGAAGUUAUAGGGCUUCAAUUGACGGCUACCAACGAGGGGCCACGGGGAUAUCACGCAUACGGAGUGAUAAGUAUUGAUGGCCUCCUUAGGAAAAUGCGAUCACCUUCCGAUAUAAAUCUUGAUAUAGACCAGCAUGACGCUUAUAUGCGGCAAUCAUCGGCGCCUACUGCCGAGCAAGGCUUGGAGGGUGUAGACAUACAGUGGGAUGAGUGGGGCCCACCAGUCAUGCGAUGGUUUGACGAUGGUGAUAUAUUCGAUGCAAGUUUUCGGUCCAUAUCUGGUUCGCGUUUUCUCGUGCGACAGCGGCGCAAAGACAAGAGUGGUGCUCUAUCACGACGGCGAAAUGUUGUCUGCAUCUUGGAAUUCAACCUUCGCUCCGAGGUGCGCAGUGGUUAUAUACACUCUAGGGAUAAUGAAGCGACGGCAUAUAAUGAAGCAAGGACCGUCGGCACCAAGGUUGUUCGCGCCGAGACCGUAAUAAAGAUCAAUGAAGGGGGAACAGGGCACGCUUUCAAUGUCUUAUCGUCGCUUCCAUAUCGAGUGAUCGACCUUCCUUCUAUUCCAUCGGAGCCUUAUUACGAUUACUAUCUUGACGGAAAUACCGUCCUUGGACGAGAUGAUACGAGAUAUGACAUUUAUUCUUUCUGUCCGUCCGGUGUACGUCAAUUGGAAGACAAUGGAGACUAA